CCCUCUUCUUCCUCUGCUUCUCUUUUGCUGCUGCUUCUUUCUCCUUUUGCUUCUCUUGCUUUAUUUCUUCUGAUUUUCUCUCUCUCUCUCUCUCUCUCUCUCUCUCUCUCUUCAACAUCCCAGAACAGUCUUGGAGUUGGUGGCUUUUCCUCUGUUGGGUUUUCCUUCAGUAAUUCAAAGGGCCAAAAGGGGUUCACCAUGAACAACCUCUCUUCUUUGAGAGCCCUGGACUCCAGUCCACUCGCCAGCCCCCGCUCCUUUGGCCCCCACCACCACAGGCCGAUUCUCCUCCAGCGCUUGAGAAAUGCCGUCGUAUGCUCGGUGAAGCCCUCAAUUGCCACCCCAUCGCCUCUAAGUGUUGACGGGUCCCCCAACCAGGGGAUUAAUCGAAUUGAGUCACUGACCCAGGUCUCCGGGGUGUUGGGCUGCCAAUGGGGUGAUGAAGGUAAAGGAAAACUUGUCGACAUCUUGGCCCAGCACUUUGACAUUGUUGCUCGUUGUCAGGGUGGAGCUAAUGCUGGACACACCAUUUACAAUGCAGAGGGAAAGAAGUUUGCACUUCACCUUGUUCCCUCGGGUAUUCUUAAUGAAGAAACUCUUUGUGUUAUUGGGAACGGAGUUGUGGUGCAUCUUCCAGGGCUCUUUAAAGAGAUUGAUGGCCUUCAAUCUAAUGGAGUCUCCUGCAAGGGAAGAAUAUUGGUCUCUGAUCGUGCUCACCUGUUAUUUGAUUUUCACCAAGUAGUGGAUGGACUUCGAGAAUCUGAGCUUGCUAAAUCUUUCAUUGGCACUACCAAGAGAGGUAUUGGACCUUGUUACUCUAACAAGGUUAUCCGAAAUGGAAUUCGAGUGAGUGACUUGAGGCACAUGGAUACUUUUCCUCAGAAGCUAGAUCUUCUAUUAUCAGACGUUGCAUCAAGAUUCCGAGGUUUUGAGUAUGGCCCCCAUGUGCUCAAAGAAGAGGUUGAAAAGUACAAGAGAUUUGCUGAGAGAUUGGAACCCUUCAUUGCUGAUACUGUGCUUGUUGUGAAUGAAGCCAUCUCUGAGAAGAAAAAUAUUUUGGUCGAAGGGGGUCAAGCAACAAUGUUGGAUAUUGACUUUGGAACUUACCCCUUUGUAACAUCCUCUAGCCCGUCAGCCGGUGGGAUUUGCACUGGUCUCGGAAUUGCUCCCAGAGUUUUAGGUGAUCUGGUUGGAGUGGUGAAAGCGUACACUACAAGAGUUGGUUCCGGUCCUUUUCCCACAGAAAUCUUGGGUCAUGGGGGUGACCUCCUUAGGUUUGCUGGUCAGGAGUUUGGCACAACUACUGGCCGCCCUCGUCGUUGUGGUUGGCUUGAUAUAGCAGCACUGAAGUAUUGCUGUCAGAUUAAUGGCUUUUCUUCUCUCAAUCUCACCAAACUUGAUGUUUUGUCUGAUCUUCCCGAAAUUCAGUUGGGUGUUGCCUACAAACAGAUUGAUGGUACCCCUAUCAAAACGUUCCCUGCAGACCUUCGUGAUCUUGAGCAACUAAAGGUGGAAUACGAAGUAUUGCCCGGAUGGAAGACAGAUAUUUCUUCUGUCAGAAACUACUCCGACCUUCCAAAGGCCGCACGUCAGUACGUGGAAAGGAUAGAAGAACUGGUUGGUGUACCCGUCCAUUACAUUGGCGUCGGGCCUGGGCGUGAUGCACUCAUUUACAAAUAAUCUUCACAAUAUUUCCUUGAGAUUCCAGAUGAUUUUCAGACCAUCACAACAAGUAAUAUGAAGCUUCAAUUCUCGGAGGAAUUUAUUCCCUUCUAUGUUGGGAGAUUUUCAAUUUUACUUUCCAGAUUAGAACUAGUUUUUCAAGGGUAUAAGCUUGAUGUAACACCGUAUCCACCCGAGGCCACGCGAAAUCUAUGUCGUGUUUAACCAUUGGGGGAUUUUUGUUUCAGUUGCAUUGCUUGUCCAUGUUUCGGAGUCUGUUAGCUCUUGUUAUCUACUCAGAUUCUCAA